CUGUCAAAUCAAUUUGUCAACCAGUGCAGAGAAGACACUCCCUGUUCCUUAUUUUAUGAUUAAAUCCAUUAUUUCUGGUAAAUUAUGUGCGCAAUCGAGUAAUUUUUGAUAACGGUGAAACAUGAUCAACUACCGCUAGUAUUUGACGUGUCGUGUUGCAUUUACAAUAAACAUGUCUACAAUGUCGAGGUCAGUCCACAUCAGCCAGCAGAAGCUGGCGGAGAAGCUUAUAAUCCUCAACGACCGCGGCAUUGGUAUGCUCACACGGAUCUACAACAUCAAAAAAGCCUGUGGAGAUGCUAAAUCCAAACCUGCAUUCUUAUCCGACAAAACUCUUGAAUCAUCAAUCAAACACAUAGUCCGAAGAUUUCCAAACAUAGACGUGAAGGGCCUGCAAGCCAUUUCCCAGAUCAGAAAUGACAUAAUCAAGUCUCUCUCAUUGUACUAUUACACGUUUGUAGAUCUUUUAGAUUUUAAAGAUAAUGUUAGUGAUCUACUCAACAUAAUGGCGGCGUGUCAAGUUACGCUUGACUUGACUCUCAACUUCGAGCUGACAAAGAAUUACCUCGACUUGGUCACCACCUACGUAUCCUUGAUGAUCUUGCUCUCUCGCGUUGAAGACCGCAAAGCAGUUUUGGGUCUAUUCAAUGCCGCGCAUGAAAUGGUCCACAACCAAAUAGAUGCCAGUUUCCCGCGUUUGGGACAACUGAUUGUUGACUACGACACACCAUUAAAAAAGCUGUCAGAGGAAUUUGCUCCCCAUCAGAAAUUAUUGGUCAGUGCCUUAAAUUCUUUGUGGCAUGUGUAUCCAGCGAGAAAUAUGACUGCAGAACACUGGAGAUCAGAGCAGAAGUUGAGUUUAGUUAGCAAUCCAGCGCAGCUCCUUAAACCGUCAGAAACGAACACUAUGUCUUGUGAAUAUGUAUCAUUGGAAUCCUUGGAGAGAUGGGUCAUAUUCGGUUUUGCGCUCUGUCAUCAAAUGCUGUCGCAAGAUCAUGCCAAUAAGAUGUGGGUAAGUGCUUUGGAGUCCGGUUGGGUUCUGGCACUGUUCCGCGACGAGGUGAUCUACAUUCACACUUACAUUCAAAGUUUUUUUGAUGGAAUAAAAAGCUAUGGGAAAAGAGUAUCUGAAGUGAAAGAUUGUUAUCACCACGCCGUACAGAAGGCAGGUUAUAAGCACAGAGAAAGACGAAAAUUUUUACGAACAGCUCUAAAGGAACUAGGUCUUAUCUUGACUGACCAGCCGGGUCUGUUGGGUCCGAAAGCCCUGUUAAUAUUUAUUGGACUGUGCUAUGCUCGAGACGAAGUGUUCUGGCUGUUGCGCCACAACGAUAAUCCACCGCAAAAAGUAAAAGGCAAGGCUGCCGAAGACUUGGUAGACCGUCAGCUCCCAGAGCUGCUGUUCCACAUGGAAGAGUUAAGAGCGUUGGUUCGAAAAUACAGUCAAGUUAUGCAGAGAUACUAUGUCCAGUAUCUGUCUGGAUUUGAUGCGGUGGCUUUGAAUCUAAUGAUACAAAAUCUCCAAGUCUGUCCAGAGGAUGAAAGUAUUAUACUGUCAUCUCUGUGCAAUACUGCUGCCAAUAUGAAUGUAAAACAGGUCGAAGAUAACGAACUCUUUGAUUUCCGAGCUUUCCGAUUGGACUGGUUUAGAUUGCAGGCUUACACUUCGGUUGCUAAAACUCCUUUGAAUCUGGUUGAUCAUAGAGAACUAGCGCAAUUCAUAGACAAAAUGGUCUUCCAUACUAAAAUGGUUGACAAUCUCGAUGAAAUAAUGGUCGAAACAUCCGAUUUGUCCCUGUUCUGUUUUUACAGUAAGAUAUUCGAGAGCCAAUUCCACAUGUGCCUCGAAUUCCCUGCGCAAAACAGGUAUAUCAUUGCAUUUCCCUUGAUUUGUAGUCACUUCCAAAACUGCACGCAUGAGUUAUGCCCUGAAGAAAGACAUCAUAUUCGAGAGCGCAGUUUAUCGGUGGUAAAUAUAUACCUGGAUGAAAUGGCAAAAGAGGCAAAAAACAUUAUCACAACGAUCUGUGACGAGCAAUGCACAAUGAGCGACAAGUUGCUUCCGAAACACUGCGCACAAACAAUUGCCCAUUUGGCAAACAGGAAAAAGAAAGACAAGAAUAAGAAAAACACGAUUGAAAUUGUUAAGCCUGGAGCAGAGAGUUACAGGAAGACUAGAGAGGAAUUGACCACCAUGGACAAGCUGCACAUGGCGCUGACAGAACUUUGCUUUGCUAUUAAUUACUGCACUACGGUUAAUGUUUGGGAAUACACAUUCGCUCCCCGGGAGUACCUUCACCAGCAUUUAGAGAACAGAUUCUCGAAGGCGUUGGUUGGAAUGGUCAUGUUCAACCAAGACACUAGUGAAAUUGCGAAGCCGUCAGAGUUACUGGUUAGCGUCAAGGCAUACAUGAACGUAUUGCAAAGCGUCGAGAAUUACGUGCACAUUGAUAUUACAAGAGUGUUCAACAACUGCCUGCUGCAACAGACACAAAAUUUGGAUAGCCACGGGGAGAAGACGAUUGCGUCGUUAUACACGCAGUGGUAUUCUGAAAUCUUACUAAGAAGAGUAAGUGCCGGGAGCAUCUGUUUUUCGAUGAACCAGAAGGCAUUUGUUAGCCUGACCGCAGAAGGGGCCAUUCCAUUCAACGCUGAAGAAUAUUCUGAUAUUAAUGAACUGCGAUCCCUGGCUGAACUCAUCGGGCCGUACGGCAUGAAGUUACUGAGCGAAACCUUGAUGUGGCACAUAGCGAGCCAAGUCCAGGAGCUGAAGAAACUUGUAGUUCAGAACAAAGAAGUACUUCAGAUGCUCAGAACAAACUUUGAUAAACCGGAAAUAAUGAGAGAACAGUUCAGGAGGCUGCAACACGUGGAUAAUGUUUUGCAAAGGAUGACAAUAAUUGGCGUAAUUUUGAGCUUCCGCCAGGUGGCGCAAGAGUCGUUGCUUGAUGUAUUGGAAAGGCGAAUUCCCUUCCUGAUAAGUUCUAUUAAAGACUUCCAGCAGCAGCUGCCCAGCGGCGACCCCAUGCGGGUUAUAUCGGAGAUGUGUUCCGCCGCAGGGUUGUCCUGCAAAGUGGACCCUACUCUAGCGUCUGCGCUGCGGCAGAACAAAGCCGAGCAGGAAGAGGAGGAACACCUAGUGGUCUGUCUGCUGAUGGUGUUUGUGGCCGUGUCGCUUCCGAGACUCGCGCGCAGUGAGGGUUCUUUCUACAGACCUUCACUUGAAGGCCACGUGAACAACAUUCACUGCAUAGCACCCGCGAUUAAUCACAUAUUUGGAGCAUUGUUUACCAUAUGUGGGCAAGGCGAUAUUGAGGAUCGCAUGAAGGAAUUUCUAGCUCUCGCAUCUUCGUCCCUAUUACGCCUGGGACAAGAAACGGACAAAGAAGCCAUCAAAAAUCGUGAAUCUGUUUACUUGCUGCUCGAUCUCAUAGUACAGGAGUCACCAUUCCUGACUAUGGAUUUGUUGGAGUCUUGCUUCCCAUACGUACUGAUACGUAAUGCUUAUCAUGAGGUUUACAAGCAAGAACAAGUGCUUUUGCAUUCGUAAAAAUAUUUGUAAGGCAAUAACAAUAACAUAUGAAAGACAAUUGUAAAUUGAGCAUUCAAUUUUAUAAAAUGCGUCAAUUUUUUUAUACUUUAUUGUUGUAGAUAAAUUUUAACAAUAUAAUUAAUAUAAUUUAUGAAAUCCCGCCUUUACUGCACUUACAAAAUUUAGAUGAGCUUUUUCAGUUCCUUUGUUUGUUCCGUUAUGCAUUUAUUUCAUUCGUUAGAGAUUCGGUAGAGAGAUAUGGCAUUUGAUUGUGUUAUACGAAAAGAAUGAAUGAUUAAAAAUAAAUUGGUAACUCUUCUUUACAACGUGCUCACGAGGAACCCGACAAAUUUUAACAGUAUAUUCCUAAUCAUAGUUAGAGACUAAAAUGGCCAAUAUAUGCCUAGUCCAAAUAUCCUUAUUGACGGAUAUCAAAAAGUGACAAGUAACACUGCAAAAACUAUAGGUUUUACGAAAACAAAAAUACCAAUAACAUUUAGGUACUUUUUAUGUACAAAUAGGUACAUACCAUCGCCCACUGUUAACUGUCCAUCGGUGGACCUUAUGCCUUUUAUAAUAAGGCCCACCGAUGAUACACCGAUCUAAACAUUUUUUUCUUUAGAAAUGCGUUGUUAAAAUCUUUCGGGUUCCUCGUGAGCACGUUGUACACCUAAGGCUACUGAAUUCUAAUUCCAUACUUUGUUAAAUGUAACGUCACAAUUAAAUGAUGUAUUCGUCAUCAGAUGCGAUAAAAAAAUUAAUAAACGUUAGGUACUACCAGGUACUACUUAUUCCACACCUACAUUCUGUUAUAAAGACUGGUCCGAAUAUUCCUGUCGUGUUUGUAAUUAUGAAUAAGAAAUACUUUAUUAUUUAAGCUGUUAGGUAUAAACUAAGAGAUUCAAUUUAUUAUGUUAUCUGCUAUACUUAUUUAAGUUAAAUAACUGCCCGCCUUGGUCGUCUUACAAAAAAAAGUAUGAACGAAUAAACUUCGUAUGUCAUACUAAUUAAUUGGAUGAAAAUAAAUUCGAGAUGGCCUCUGCCAUGGAAUUGAAUAUUUUUACUGAUAAAAGUGUUAGUUAAACAUUUUUCAAAAGCUUUUAUACCAUAGUAGGCUAACUUAUUUCCUCAGUGCGUUUACGCUAGGUCGUCUGUCGCUGUCAAAUUGCAACCAGAAAUAGUAUCCAGUCCAGUAUUUUCAUCUAACAGGAAUACAAUAGAAGUCUUAUGUUUUUCUGGUGGUGUAGGUAACCCAUAAGUAAGUAACCCACUGUUGUCCGUCGAAAGCGGCAACUGACCUAGCGUAAAUGCGCCCUUAAUCUUUUCCGCAAGCAACGAGGAAUCUUUAGUGUUGAUCUACAAAAUACGUAGCGACUGAUAGUACAAUCUUAACGAAAAUCAUUAAAACAAUCAUGGCAUGACAGUGAUGUCAGUGACUUGAAUACUGUAUUACUUAUUAUGUAGUUUAAAUACUGUAUUUAUUCGAGUGCUUGCCUCGGUUCUAUGUAUAGGUAAAAUGAAGUUCGGGCUGCGUCCUAGACUCCGCAAAUGUAUGUUAGGUUUAGUGUAAAUCCAUACACACUAUACAGUUUUAUACCCAGCGUGUAAAUACAUUAUACUUACAUAUUAUUAAAAACAAUAAUGAUAU